CUUUUCCUACAUCCAGCGAUCCCGACAAGUAGAACUCGGUGAGGACGGCUUGGAAUUGAACUACCACAGUCUCCAGAAGGACUCCGAGCAUGGAGUCGAUAAUGUCUUGGAGCAAGGAGAGAGUCGGCGAAUGGCUCAAAGGUCUGGAUGCCCCACUCCAGCAGUACCUUUUCUCUGACUGGGAGCUGUCAGGGGACGACCUGCUCCAGCUGACCUCUGAUGACUUGCAGAGACUAGGGGUCCACAAGAUCGGACACCAGGAACUCAUCCUGGAAGCAGUGGAGAAACUCUGCUCGCUGACUUACGGCAUGGACGGGGAGAACCUGAGCGUGUCGACAAAGAAGCUGGGAGCGGUCAGCCUGAGCCUGCAGAAGGGCAUCCAGGACCGCUGGUGCAUCAACACCUAUGAUGGGCAGGGCACCACCAAGCUGCCGGCGGGAGUACUGCAGCUGGUGGUGGAGCUCAUCGUCGCGGCCAAGGGACUCUUCUCUCUGCUCAACAGGUACCAAUUCUUUCAGCUGAGCGGAUACACAGCCAGCCGGAGCAUUAUCGAUCACUGUCAAGAGCUCGGAAAAAUUGUAAACACGAACAACAGCGUUUACGAGAAAGAGAAAGACAUCAUCCCAAUUUGUCGUCAGCUGGUGGCAGUGUGUGAUGAGAUCUUGGAGUCAAGCCCUUCAGAGGUUCUGAACAACUCAGUGCAGCUAGAGACCGUCGACCUGGUCCCUGCUUCACCUGCCGAUCACCUGGGCAUUCACAUUGCAUCAACGGGAUCCAGCAGCCACUUUGUCACUGGGACUGUUGCCGAGUCCCCUGCGGAUAUCUGUGAGAAGAUCCUUGCUGGGGAUGAGGUGAUUCAGGUCAACGACCAAAUAGUGGUUGGUUGGAGCCGAGAGAACCUGGUGAAGAAGCUGCUGGAGAACCAGAGUGGGGUGACCCUGGUUUUGAAGAAGGUGCCUGGGUCGGCGAGACGGAAACAGCGCAUCUCCGAGUCCUCCUCAUCCGCAGCAACACAGAAAGAAGAAGAAGAGGAGGAGGAGGAAGAAGAGGAGGAAGGGAAUCCGAGACAUUCCAUUUUGAGAGGGUGGCUGCAUCUGUUCGGUCUUAUCUUUUAGGUAAGUACACAUACAUGCAUACAACGAUAAGCCACCGGCAUCUUUAAUAAAUAAAUGUCAUUAUCGUGCCCAUGUCAUCAUCGUGUACAUUCAUACAAAUCAAUACAAACAUCUCAUUCUCGACAGAAAUGUGAUGACCGCAUCGUACUUAUGAUGUCAUUCUCUCUGGCCCACACCUCCCCACUCCCUGGUCCCCAUGACAUAUCCCUGAGGGUGUGUUAUUGAUAUGCCGUGCGUCAGAGAGAGAGAGAGAGAGAGAGAGAGAGAGAGAGAGAGAGAGAGAGAGAG